AUGGGCAGCUUUGGCGCUGCCGUAGAGUCCCUGGUCGAGACAUACAAUCGAUGCCUCAAACUCCUAGAGAGAUUGCACCUAGGGAGCAGCGACGGAGAUGGCGCCUGCAAGCAAAGGGCACUCCUGAACAACCAAGCCCGCUCUGACAGGUCCAUGGUCAGGCGUGCAUACCGGUCCAAGCUCUCACGUCGAGGAAGCGCGUUCGAGUUGGGCGACGCGUUGGCGACGUCGUCGGUGAAGAGGGUAGCUAGGAAGCUCAAAGCGGCACUCAGCGCCGCCAUCAACCAGCUCGGCCGCGGAAAGGCUGGACGAGACACGCUCGACUACGCGUCGCUCACGGCCCAUUCGACUGACGCCCGCAAAGAUGCUAUACGCGCCAUGACGAGCUUGUCCGCGCGAUUGCCGUCCCUGGACGGCGACGUCAGGUCGCGCACUGGCAGAAGCACCGCCUCAUCGAUCAACAAGAAGUCUGGCCAUCAUCGCUAUGCCAAGAGCGCAUCGUCGUCGCGGCCGAGAACCUUGAGGAGGCGGGAUCAGGCUGUGCGACCACGUCCGAGCAGCGGGAACCAGCGCGAGGCGCAGCUGCGCCCCCCGGUAAGGGAAGAGAAGCGUCAAGAAUGCGGAAAAAGGUACUCAUCGACGACGUCCUCGUCGCAGAGCACCAAGCUCGGAGAGGUCAGGUCAAGACGCCGGCGAGGCGGCGAGCAAGGGGUUCGUGGUGACUAUGGUACUGGAGUUACAUAUCCUCUGCCGUAUCCGUGGGUCGACGAUAGUGAGGCGCCUGGCUACGAAAGGAGGGGCAAGGGACGCUUCUGGGGGUUAUUCGGGCGGCGAUGA